AUGUUAUCCGCAUUCACCGCGCAACCGCUAGUGGAGCUAAAACCACGCGACAAAUCCAGAAUCGACUCGGUGCUAGCCUAUGGCGACCGACUACUAGCCGGCCUCAACAAUGGCACACUCCGCAUCUACCGCGUAACAGACGAUGGCAAGACCGAGCUUCUCCGCGAGGUGGACAAGUUUGCGCGGUACAAAAUCGAGCAACUGGCCCUGGUGAAGGAGGCGCAUGUCAUUGUUUCAUUGUCUGGUGGCUAUGUGAGCUUCCACGACUCCCAGACCUACGAAUUUCAGGAACAGCUUGCGCAGACGAAAGGAGCCUCGGCGUUUGCGAUCACCUCGAACGUGGUAAAUGACCCCGACACAAAUGUGCCUGCUAUCGUGUCUCGGCUGGCUGUUGCCGUCAAACGGAAAAUCUUGAUGUGGGUGUGGCGGGACAUGGAGCUGGAACCAAAUACAACGGAGUUGAGCUUGGUGAGCGGGGUCAAGACCUUGACCUGGGUGUCCGCGACACGACUGGUUGUUGGAUUAGGCUCGAGCUUUGUUAUGGUGGAUGUUGAAGGUGGCAAGAUCACUGAGCUUCCCAGCCCUGGAAGCAUGGAGGAGCCGGGACGAUUUACAGGUGUCGGGGCAGCGAGCAUGAGCUACAUUGGCAUAGGAGGGAUGGUACCGAAACCACUUGCCUCGAGGCUACGUGAAGGCCAGAUAUUAUUGGCCAAGGAUGUGAAUACCAAUUUCAUUGAUGUUGAUGGUCAGCCACUUGGACGACGACAGAUCCCCUGGAGCCAUGCUCCCGUGGAGAUUGGUUACUCGUACCCGUUCCUUUUAGCACUACACGACACAGCCAAGGGCGUACUCGAAGUUCGAAACCCGGAGACAUUGUCACUGUUACAGUCGAUCCCGCUUCCAUCGGCAAGCAUAUUGCACAUUCCCCAGCCGAAUAUCAGCCUCGCUCAUGCCGGAAAGGGGUUCUUAGUUGGUAGUGAUCGCACGAUUUGGCGGAUGGAUGCUUUGAGCUAUGACACCCAGAUUGAUACGUUGGUUGAGAAGGGCUAUCUUGAUGAAGCUAUUAGUCUUUUGGGGAUGUUAGAAGAUGCUCUGCUCCGAGAUAAGGCCGGUCGACUGCGCACUGCUCAGCUUGAAAAGGCACAGAGCUUGUUCGCCUUGCACAAGUACCGAGAUUCUUUGGAUCUAUUCACUGAGGUCUCAGCUUCUCCUGAGACGGUCAUUCGACUUUAUCCUCGGCUUAUCGCUGGCGAUCUUUCUGCUGUUCAAGAACCGACCGAUAAUGGCUCAGACCCGCGAAGUUCAGACCCAAAGAUCAAUGGCUUGCAAGCUGAUGGCCCCUCCGACCCCCCAGCGAAUGGGGUCAAUGGAACUCAUGGAGCCAGCGGAGGCCAAACCUCUUCUCUCUAUGCCGCAUCCGUCCAGUCUUUCUUAAGGCGAGCUGACGGGAGCAGCGAUUCAGGAAGCAUCCGGGAUGAGGAAAAAGACUUGAAGAAUUCAGUCCGUGAACUCCAAGGCUACUUGGCAGACGUUCGUCGGCGCUUCCAAAGAUUUCUGGGUCAAGAUGGGGGCCUCAAAGCUCCCGCGCCAACUGAUAUUACAGACGAAGCUAGCGCCUCUGUGCUGAAACUGUUGGAUUUCCCAUCCUCGGAGGAUUUCCUGUCCACAAUCCGUGAGAAGGCGCGCCUAGUCGACACAACCUUGUUCCGCGCCCACAUGUAUGCAACACCCUCACUUGCAGGGUCUUUGUUCCGCAUUGCAAACUUCUGUGACCCAGAGGUAGUAAUGGAACGACUAGAAGAAACUGGACGAUAUAAUGAUCUUAUUGAUUUCCUUUACGGCAAGAAGCUGCACCGCCAAGCUUUGGAAUUGCUUCGCCGGUUCGGACAGGGAGAAGAAGGUGUUCUUAGUGGGCCAACACGCACUGUUGCCUAUCUGCAGAAUCUUCCACCGGAUGAAAUUGAUUUGAUCCUUGAAUUCGGUGAAUGGCCCCUUCAAACUGACCAAGAGAUCGGUAUGGAGGUAUUCUUGACAGACACCGAGAAUGCCGAAACUCUGCCGCGCCACAAAGUCAUACGGUUCUUGGAGAGCCUUGACUCCAAACUUGCUGUUCGAUAUCUUGAACAUGUUAUCCACGAGUGGAAUGAUAUGAGCCCGGACCUGCAUCAGCAGCUUUUGGUCUUGUAUCUUGAUCACCUUACAGCGGACAAGAAUGAUGCCCAGACAAAAGAAAAGUUCUUGGAGAUGCUCAAGGAAAGCGAGCAGUACUCACCAGCUAAGAUUCUGAACCGGCUGGACCGCGAAGAUCCCGAAUUCUAUGAGGCACGAGCUAUUGUUUUUAGCAAGAUGGGACAGCACCGCCAAGUGCUUGAGAUAUACGUAUUCAAGCUUGAAGCUCACGACAAAGCGGAAGAGUACUGCAACCAUGUUCAUUUGGCCGAACAUGCCGAAAAGAAAGAACCCGAACAAUCCAUCUACCUAACAUUGUUGUCCCUCUACUUGGCCCCACCACAUGGCCACCCGACCCAGAAAGGACCGGCACUAGCCAUGCUCGCCAAGCACGGAUCUCGAUUGCCAGCCGAUGCAGCUCUAGGUCUGAUCCCUGCGACACUGGCCGUUCAAGACCUUGAAUUUUAUUUCAAGGGCCGGAUGCGCGCGGCCAAUUCUGUCUUCAACGAAGCCCGCAUUGUGGCGAGUCUGCGCAAGGCACGCGACAUGCAGACCGAGGCCCAACUCACACUCGGUGAGAAUGUUCGAGGUGGGACCCGGGCACGACACGUUACGAUCACAGAAGAGCGGAUUUGUGGUGUGUGUCACAAGCGCUUGGGAGGAAGUGUGAUCAAUGUAUUCCCCGACAACACCGUUGUUCAUUUGGGCUGCGCAAGUCGAGUUGCGGGCGUUCAUUCCGGAUAG